AUGUGGAGUGAGUUUCGUCUCGGCGCCCCGAAUUCUCCUUCGGCCCUUUUUAAGAACUUUCUGGGAAUCCAUCUCGUUCUUCAAACCCUAAUCAUCUCCUCAUUCCAGAUUCUUCAAACCCGAAUUCCCCUCAAUUUUUUAGGAUCUCAAUUACACUUUUCUCCUUCCCGGAAUCGUUGAGAAGAACACAACAAUGGAUGAUAGCUGUGCGGUGUGUGCCGAUGCCCUUGAAUGGGUUGCCUAUGGCUCUUGCGGCCAUCGGGAUGUUUGCUCCACCUGCGUUGCUCGCCUUCGAUUCAUUUGCGGUGAUCGCUGUUGUUGCAUCUGCAAGUCCGAAUCCACCGUCGUCUUCGUCACUAAGGCCUUAGGAGAUUAUACAAGGACUAUUAACGACUUCACAGUCUUUCCUUCUGAACCUAGAGAAGGUCGUUGUGGAUCCUAUUGGUAUCAUGAAGACACGCAAGCAUUUUUUGAUGACGUUGACCACUACAAGAUGAUAAAAGCAAUGUGCAGGUUGUCAUGCAGUGUGUGUGAUAAGAUAGGUGAAGAUCAACCAAAUGAUGGCUCAAAGCGCCGAGGAAGAUUUCGGAAUAUUGAACAGCUAAAGGGUCAUUUGUUUCAUCGACAUAAGUUGUUUAUGUGCAGCCUUUGUUUGGAAGGAAGGAAGAUUUUUAUUUGUGAACAAAAGCUGUAUAAUAGAGCACAACUGAAUCAGCACAUACACACUGGUGACUCUGAGGUGGACGGAAGUGAGAGUGAGAGAGGUGGUUUCACCGGACACCCAAUGUGUGAGUAUUGCAGGACUCCUUUUUACGGAGAUAAUGAGCUGUAUACUCAUAUGUCAACAGAACAUUAUACAUGUCAUAUAUGCCAAAGGCUCCAUCCUGGACAGUAUGAAUAUUAUAAGAAUUAUGAUGACCUGGAGAUCCAUUUCCGACAAGCACAUUUUCUUUGUGAAGAUGAAACCUGCCUUUCUAAGAAGUUUAUAGUGUUCCAAUCUGAAUCAGAAAUGAAGAGGCAUAAUACUAUUGAACAUGGUGGCAAGCUAUCUCGAUCAAAGCGAAAUGCUGCUUUGCAGAUACCAACCAGUUUUCGAUAUCGAAGAAGUAAUGACCAAGAUAAUCGCCGUGGUAGACGAACAUUUCGUCGUGAUUCUUCUGACGACCUACUUUCUGUAGCCAUUCAAGAAAGCUUUGAAACAGCCAAUGUUGAUGACACCACUCAUGACCCACUACCUAGCGGUCAAGUAGACUCAGAUCAGGGAAAUAUAAGCAACAUUGAUCCCUUAAUUGAACCAUUUGAAUCAUUAUCCACAACAGAUGCUGAAUCAGCUUCUAGAUACCUUCAAGCAUUGGGUCAUUCUAGGAAUUCCCAAUUGGAGCAAUCAUCCUUUCCACCCCUUUCAACAGCAUCUAGCAGUAGUCAUCCAAAACCCAUUCAGGACAAAGAUAAUAACAGUAUGGCUGCUCAUCUUCGCCGCAAGAGGAAUGUGACCGUAAUAAAUCCUGCCCAAGGUUGGCCAAAAUCAAGUCGUGCGCCUGUGGUACCAUCAAAUAAAUCCUCUCAAGCUUGGCCUGCAAUAAAUGUCAAUCAUACGGCAUCGAGCAGUUCUGGGCAGACUAAGGGUGCUGUGACCAUCAGUAAUGGCUCUUCGGGCUCUGGUUACUCAAAUGCUGCUCAGAUGCAUGUGAAGGGUAAGACUAGUUCUUCGAGUGGAUCGGGUAGUAGUAGCAGUAGGAUCAGCCACUCUGCUUCUGCUCCCAAUCUCACCGACAUGGCUUAUACUGAACCCUCGGUUAAUGAUUUCCCUCCUGUAUCUGCGGCACAGGCACGGAAGGUGCCCUCAAGUAGCCAGAGUUCGAUGAACACGGAAGAUGUCCAGACAGCAAACAAAUCUCUAGUUGAAAAGAUACGUGCUGCACUUGAUUUUGACCAAGAUAGAUAUGCCAUUUUUAAAGAUAUAUCUGCACAAUAUCGUCAAGGUCAGAUCGACCCGGAAAUGUACCUAGACUGUGUGCAGCAGUUCGGUUUGUCACAUCUUGUGCUUGAACUGGCUAGGCUGUGUCCUGAUGCUCAGAAACAGAAAGAACUUGUGGGGAUCUAUAAUGCUAGUUUACAGAAAGAAGUGAUCCAAGAAAAUGGUAGGGCUCAAGAUAGCAUUCAAAUUAAAGACAAGGAUAAGGGAAAGAAGGGUAAAGGGAAGUCUACAGAUGUUAAAGACAGGAGUUCAAAGGACAGUUCAAAGGACAGAUUAGCAGACGGUAUCUUGAGCAGUGUUCGGGAGCUGCAGUCAAGUCUCAGGCCAUUGGAGGAAGAUGUUGAGGUAUUAUCGAAGGGUGAGUACCGUGCUUUGAAAGGCAAAACGAAGAUAUCAUCUGAUGACCAGCAAAGUGGGACAGGAGGACAAAACAGACAAACGUCUACUGGACUAUCGAACCACCAAAGCACAGGGGAUGGAGAUGGUGGGGGGAGCAAGCAAAGAAAGAAAACCUCCAAGUUCCAUAGAGUUCGUUUAGGCGAUGGUUCGGUUGCUGCACUCUUAGAUUUAAAAAACUCCAACCCUGCUUCAGACUCGGACCCAUCCGAAAGAGUCGAGGAUGGGAACAAUACCGCUGGGGCAGUGCCUGUUCGGGGUGUGUGGCGAAACGGUGCUCAGAGGCUCUUCUCCUAGCACAGAUGGGUUGAAUGUAAUAUUUUGUGGAUAUAGAAGCAACAGAAUGCGAGCGAUCGAACUGGCUGGAGGAUUUAUACAUCCAGACGGGUCGAAAGGAUGGCGAAAUUUUUGGAUUGGUGAUAAAAGCGGCCUGUAACGUGGCAUGCUUCAUAUGGCUUCAUAUUCUGAGUAAUCAUUUUGAUAUCAUAGUGUGGAUAAUAUGAUAUGUUGCAUGAUGAAAUUUUUUCUGAUGUUUAGACCUCACCUUGAGUGUAUUUAAUAACCCUUCCUAUAAGGUUCAUGUUUCCACAGGAAUGCUUGCCUUUCAACAAACUGCAAAGUUGAUGCUA